GACACUGUAUACGGAGUGGGAUGGGGGCGCGGCGGCAACAGCACACGAACAGACGGGGAUCGUAUAUCCAUAUGCUACAGCUACGGUAGACCUUGGCAUUGAGUGUUCCUAGUGCUCAUUACCACUUUUCAUGAUGCAGUUUGAUGUUGGGAUCGUAACUUCAGGAUCACAGGACCAAUUUGGACACUUAUAAAGUUGGAACUGCUGUGGAGUUGUGUACAUUUUCAGAAGAGGAAUUGACAUACUGGUAGUGCUGAGUAAAAGCCGUCCCUUAACUGAAUGCUAGUUUUUGCAAAGGAUGCUCUAGCAACAUUGAAAAAACAACCAUGGAGGAAGGAGACCUUGGGUUUGGCAGAGGAUUGAAACCUGGAGCAAUAUCUACAUCUAAUGAAGAUGUAGACCUAUCGCCAAGGCAACGAGUCCUGCGAAGCUCAUCCGAGUCAAGAGAACAUGGAGCAGAGUUAGGUGUAAGAAGGAGCCAGCAUGGAGGCUCAACCAGGAGACUUAAAAGGAGCAAUAGUCUUGGGUCAGCAGUCAAAACAGACCUUAGAAAAGGUGGGAACGAACAGGAGGAGAUACCCAUGUACGCAGGUGUGCCAAUGGGAACAUCUCUCAGACAACAGAAAGUGCUCUACUCUCAGAACAUGAAAGACUUUCUAAAGAGGAAGGACCAGUUGAGCUUUGCAGCUGAUAUUAAAGGGUCAGCUAUUCCUGCCUCAUUCUUUGCUGUUCAGCAAGCUAUUGUUGACCGACUCCAGGGAGCCUCGAAUGAAGUUAUCGUACUACAAAGUGAACUAGAAGCUUCCCAAUCUCAACUGGAUAGCAAGUACAGGGCAAUACGCAUUCUACAGAGUCAGUUUUCACAUGUGGCUGCAUUGAAUGCGGAAAAACAAAGAAAUAUCAAUACAGUACAAGACCAAGCUAAAGUUCUUCAAAAGGAGGUGAAUGCGUUACAGUUUGAGCUGGAUGCCAAGUCAAGUUCAUUCAUGUUCAGUGAACAAACAUGGGCUCAGAGAUUUGACAGGUUGAGCAUAGAGAAUACUGCCCUCAUGGCAACGCUUCAGGCCAGGUCAGAUGAGGUCAGACGCUUACAUGCCGACAAAACAGCUCUGAAGAGGGAGAGGGAUGAACUUCUUGCCAUGAUGGAUGCUAACGAGAGACUUCAAUAUGAUAGACAUUGGUCCUCUAAGAAUGAUGCCUGCAUGAACAACUCAGUAUCUGAGCAAAUGGCCGUUCUUGGGUCAUGCUUAUGUCGGGGUAACAAACCAGAGCCUUGCCGAUGUGCAAAGACAGCUGCCUUACUCAAGAAAGAUAACAGUGUUCUUAAGGAUGAGAAUUUCAAGUUAAAUGAGCACCUCCAGGAAGCAUACCUUGUUGCCGAUGCCUUCCGGAAAGCCUUUGAAGAACAGCUCAACCGCAAUUCCAUGAUGAGCAGAGAUCUAGCCAGCACCCCUCAGCAUCCUACCAUGAAGGAUGGUGAGAAGAACGGGAUGAGACGAAGACCACUCCAGCUACCAUGGAUGAAGAAAGCACAGCCAAAGAACGGACAUUGCCAAAGAGAGGAUGUUGGUCAGCUGCUAGCAGAGACGAUGGACAUACAGGCUCUGCUGGUCAGGGAAUUGGACGAGGUCCACCACGAAGGGUCAAGGAGUGUGGGGAUUCAAGUCUCUCAGCCAAUGCCCGAUCUGAUUAGGAACAUGGCAGAACUGCUGAAUGACAAGAGUGAAGCCUUAGCUCACCAGCGGUUGGUCACCAAGAUGUUAGCCAGACGUACUCAAGAUCUAGAGGCCACCAUGAAGAAAUAUGGUGACCCUUGAGUGAGAACAGUCUUCCAGGAUGCUCCAGAAAACUUCAACAGUUGGGAAAAUAGAUCGGAUUCACUUGCCCCAAAGUGUUUCCUAGAAGGAUUAUUUAUUUUAAGUAACUCAAUUGUAAGAAAUAUGGCAACCUUGAUGCUUCCAGGAUGCUCCAGAAAUCUUCAAUAUUUGGAGAAAAUAGAUCAGAUUCACCUUCCCCAAAGUGUUUCCUAAGAAGGAUUAUUUUCAUUUGAUUAUCUCAUUUGUGAGUUUGGUGAAUUAUAUGAACACUGGAGAUUUUCUAACACCAGGUUUUAAUACUCCAACAUAUUUUUGUGUGCAUGGUUGUCUUUCUCAAUUUUCAAACAGACUAAAUACAGGUAUUUAAAUGUUAAUUAAUACUUUGCUUGCCUAAUAAGGAAUUGGUGUUUAUACUUUUAUUUCCUGUUCUGAUAACUUUGAUUCAUUUAUUCUAAGGAGACACAGAGGCUGUACACAACUAUACCGAGAACCGUUUGCUUUUGGAUUGUGCUAUUAUUGUUUGAUAUUUUUGUUAGGAUGGAUGCUAAGAAAGCAACUUUGUUCUUAUUUGUUGGCAGUCAUGGGACCUUCAGUUUUUAUUCCUAUCUGAGGGACUAGGAUAUGGAGGAUUGAUACCUUGAAAUAGAGUACUACAUUCCUGACUGGGUUUUGAACCUGGGAUCUGCUGUUCCACAGAUCAUUGUGCCAAACUAAACCACUGGGCCUUCUGGGCCAUUGUAAAUAAUAUAAAGUAUAUUUUCAAAGUGAUUUGGCAAAAUUGCAUGAUAACAACAAAAAAACAUAUCCUGUCGAUCAAAUUGUGCAUGAUGCCAUCGUAAUUCACUAUAGAAGACAGAUUUUGAAUUUUAAAGUAAAGAAAAGAAAUAGAUAGGGGGCUGAAAUUGCUGAAGAACGCAAUAUUUAAUUUUAAUUCAAUACGCUGACUGUUUAUUUAAUUUCACCAUAUUUAUUACAUUCAUAUUGCAACAGUGAUAAAUAAGCAUUUAUAACAUCAUCAAGUUAACUUCUCAACUCAUAAGAUGAAUUUAUUUCAUCGUAUAUUGGCAUUAUGUGCUUGUAACAAUAUGUUCACCUGUACUGACGUGUGUACUUAUUUCAUUGGGCUCUAAUGCUGAUUUUUCUUAAGAUGUAAUUAAUUCUACUUGUCAGGCUAUGUUUUAUAUUUAUAUUAAUACUUAUUCUUUGUGACAGGAUAUUUCUAAAUAUUAUGAAAUAUGCUGUCAAGCCUUUCUGUAAAAUUCUAUUCAUGGACAGUUGCUUUCACUUUUUUGUUAGCUUUAAUUGCAUUUUUUCAAUGUUAAUGGUCAACAAGGACAUGAAGACACAAAUAUCACAAAGUAAUACUGACCUUCUUUUCAUAACAACAAGGUCAUGAUUAUUUCGCAGUGAAAAAUGAUGAAAAUAAUGAAAGUUAUAAAUGUUUAACAAAACCACAAAGAUAUUUAUGGUUUUUUGUAAGCGUCACUGUGCGACACCCUCU